GCAGUUGCAUCUGGCGGUGUUUUUCGAUUUUCUCAGUCCUCUUUAUCGCUCCGGCCAAGCGCCAUAACUCCACAAAACUCCGGCUGAAAUUGAAUAAAUGUGAGUUUGUCUAACUACGACCGAGCAGCAGCAGUAGCUAUCGAAUCGAGUUGUAGCCGACAAGGACCGCAUUACGACGAAGACAGCGAAGGAACUGCCCAAAUCAGGACUUGCGCCGCCGCCGCACACAACGCAAGACCAAAAACAACAAACGACGAGUGCGCUCACACACAAACAGUCAUUUCAAAAUGGCGCCCACAAAGGCAUCAACGCGCGCGACCAUCGCAGGCGGGCAUCAUCAGCUGCAGGCGGGGGGCGUGGCAGGGAAUCCGCUCCUGGCGCUGGGCGCCGCCACCAGAAAGGGCCUGAGCCGCAGGACCGCCGCCGGGGGCAACAUCGAUUCCAACGCGGAGAACAUGCAGACGCGCGCCAAACGCAAGGCCGACCACAGUCCCAUCAAGAAUGACAAAAUCAAGCGCUCGGCACUGGGCAACCUGACCAACAAUGUAAAGGUCAUGACACUGCAUCCCGGGCAGGAUGAGCAGUCGGACCAGCCGGCCGCCGGCAAGAAACCAACGGCCCAGCAGCUGCAGGCCCUGCUGGAUGCAAAGAAACAGGAGAAUCUCAGCGUGAACGUCUUUGCCGUCAACAAGAUGACCACGCGCGCCUCCAGCAAGGUUGAGGACUCGGUGGAGCACUGCCACAAGGUGCUGGACAAGCUGGAGGAGGCUCUGGCCAGGCCCAAGCCGCGUCCCAAGGCAGUGCCCGCCGGGAAAAAGCCAGUUCUGGGGGAGAUUCAGCUACCAGCGAUGCAGAUCCCCGUGCUGCUGCCGCCCAUGCACAACCUGGCCGCUCCCCCGGUGACCGCCAUCAAGCCAGUGCGCCGGAUCUCCAAUGACUUUAACAAGACUGAGGACAGUCUGUACAUGUCCGCGCUAGAGGAUGUGUCCAGCUGCGAUUCCAUGCGGCUGUCCGGAAACUUCGAGGCCGCGCGUCGACGCUCCGCCAAGUUGCAGCAAAAGACUGAGCAGCAGCCACAACCGCUGUUGCUGACCCUACCAGAGACUGCUCCCAGCCAGGUGGUGCCCAUUCUGCCGGUGCCGCAAGAUGUGGAGGACUUCGACCGCAAGAACUGGGACGAUCCAUUCCAGGUGUCCCAUUACGCCAUGGACAUAUUCAACUACCUGAAGGUGCGCGAGCCAGAGUUCCCCAUCGCCGACUAUAUGCCGCGACAGAUCCACCUGACCACCUGGAUGCGCACGCUGCUGGUCGACUGGAUGGUGGAGGUGCAGGAGACAUUCGAGCUGAACCACGAGACCCUGUACCUGGCGGUCAAGAUCGUGGACCUGUAUCUGUGCCGCGAGGUGAUCAACAAGGAGAAGCUGCAACUCCUGGGCGCCGCUGCCUUCUUCAUUGCCUGCAAGUACGACGAGCGGCAGCCACCGCUGAUCGAGGACUUCCUGUACAUCUGCGAUGGGGCCUACAACCACGACGAGCUGGUGCGGAUGGAGCGUGAGACGUUGCGCGUCAUCAAGUACGACCUGGGCAUCCCGCUCUCCUACCGCUUCCUGCGGCGCUACGCCCGCUGCGCCAAGGUGCCCAUGCCCACGCUGACCCUGGCGCGCUACAUUCUGGAGCUGUCGCUGAUGGACUACGCCACCAUUGCGUUCAGUGACUCGCAGAUGGCCUCCGCCGCCCUGUUCAUGGCCCUGCGCAUGCACGGCGGCCCGGGGCAGCUGGACCAGAAGACCUGGAGCCCGACGCUCGUCUACUACACCGGCUACCAGCUGGCGGACUUCGCCGAGAUUGUGCCCGUGCUGAAUGCCGGACUGCACCGCAAGCCGCGGGCCACCAUCAAGACGAUACGGAAUAAGUACUCGCACAAGAUAUUCCACGAGGUGGCCAAGGUGCCGCUGCUGACGAACCAGGAGCUCUUCCAGAGCAACCUGGACCUGAACGAAAGCAAUCUGUCGUAGGACAGCCUCAAAGUUUAGCCAAAUUCACAACGAGUUGCAAAAUGUUACGCUUCAGUUAGGUUCUAAGACGCUUCAGCCCCCCUCCCCUGGAAUCCCACCCGUACCCGUUCCCGCCUCAAACCGGAAUAGACGAAACAGCGGAUAAUCCCCCUGAACUUAGCCCUAGUCCCUUGUCCCUAGUCCCCCCGCCGAGUCCUCACAUUCUAUUAUAUUUUAAUUAUUAUUGUGACCUUUGCAUUAUUGACAUGUUUUCGCAUAUAUAUUGUGUUAAGAGUGCUUUUUGUUUCUUUUGCCAUUUAUUAUUGUUUAGUUUUCAUAGACGUACCCAAAUAAUAUCAAUCUAAACAGGAAAAGCGAAAUUAUUUCUAGCACCCACAUCCCCAACAUGUAACCCGAUCGCAUAACGAUUCAUGUUUAAUAUGUACGCUAGUUCUAAGAGAUGCCAGCAUUUAAUAAACCUAACUCGUAAGCCACCAAA